AAGAGGUCUUUUGGAAGUGGGAGGAGAUAGAGGGAGAUGCACAGGUGGGGCACAGAUUUGCAAGAGGCAGUUUCAGGUUAAAGAGGGGAAGUGGAGGGUUGCUGGUUACCAGGCUCACAGCUAUUCAGGGACAGGUUGGACUGGUUUCCCAUAAACAACACCCACAUUUCCCUCGCUGUUGUUCAUUUAUACCAGCACAGAGGGAAGAAGAGCCACAGAAAGGGGCUGUGGAAGGAGUAAAAGGGUUCUCUGUAUAUUUGGCCCAGAAAGGAAUUUCAACAUGCCCGAGGAGGAUGGACAGUAUUAUGGAAAGAAUGGUGAGCCAAGAAAGUUUGAUGCAAACUUCAAAGGGCCAAUCCAGAACAGGGGCUGCACAGACAUUGUGUGCUGCAUCUUCUUUAUUCUUGCCAUACUGGGUUACAUUGCAGUGGGAAUACUUGCUUGGUCAAAGGGUGAUCCCAGGAAGGUGAUCUAUCCCACAGACAGUCGAGGCCAGUUCUGUGGGCAGGCUGGCACCCCACUUGAGAACAAGCCGCUGCUGUUCUACUUCAACAUCAUGAAGUGUGCCAGCCCCAUGGUGCUGCUGGAGUUCCAAUGUCCGACCACACAGAUAUGUGUGGAGAAGUGUCCCAACAAGUUCAUGACAUUAAUCAAAGCCCACGCCAAAAAAGAUGAGCUGGAUUAUUACAAAAACUUCUGCAUGGAUGGUGUGACUAAUGCAAUGGGCGUACCAGAAAUCCUUAGCUCAGGUCUCUGUCCUGCCAUGCUGAUCCCCAGCCAGCCCUUCACUCGUAGGUGUUUCCCAGCUUUGGGCCAGAAAGGAGGCGUGAUAACUGUGGGAAACAUCUCUCAGUUUGAAGAUGGAACCGGAAAUAUUAGAGAUGCCAAGGACCUUGUGGCUGGAGUCAAGAAUGCCACGGUGGUUAUGGAGGCUCGUCAGGUGGUCAUGAAAAUCUUUGAGGAUUUCACACAGUCCUGGUACUGGAUCCUGAUAGGGUUGGUUAUUGCCAUGCUCACCAGCCUGCUCUUCAUUGUCCUCUUGCGCUUCCUGGCAGGGAUCAUGGUCUGGGUCAUGAUUGCCAUGGUGAUACUGGUCAUAGGAUAUGGUAUCUUCCACUGCUAUAUGGAGUAUGCUGGCCUAAAAGGAGAUCCAGGCGCUAACGUGACUAUACAGCAACUGGGCUUCCAGACAGACUUCUCAGUCUACCUGCAGAUCAGACAGACCUGGCUGGCCUUCAUGAUUAUCCUGGCGAUUGUGGAGGUCAUCAUCAUCCUGCUGCUCAUCUUCCUCAGGAAGAGGAUCUGCAUUGCCAUUGCUCUCAUCAAAGAAGCCAGCAGAGCCAUCGGGCAUGUGAUGUCGUCCCUUUUCUACCCACUGUUCACUUUUGUCCUCUUGGCCGUGGUCAUCGCCUACUGGGCAGUUACAGCUGUCUUCUUGUCUACCUCAAAUGAACCCAUCUAUAAAGUUUUCAAUGACACUGUAUGCGACUUCUCAAGACAAAACUGUAACCCAGCUAACUACACCACCAGUGAAAUGAAACGGCAGUGCCCUGACUCCAAGUGCCUUUUUGCUUUCUACGGGGGAGAAACCCUUUACCACAAAUACCUGAUAGGCCUGCAGUUCUACAACGUCUUCCUCUUCUUCUGGUGUGCCAACUUUGUCACGGCUCUGGGACAGAUGACCCUGGCCGGGGCCUUUGCCUCGUACUACUGGGCCGUCGUCAAGCCUGAUGACAUGCCUGCCUUCCCAUUGUUUUCUUCCCUAGGGAGAUCUCUCAGGUAUCACACAGGAAGUCUGGCGUUCGGCUCCCUUAUACUCUCAAUCGUUCAGAUCAUCAGGGUUUUGCUGGAGUAUGUGGACCACAAGCUGAAAGGAGCCCAAAAUAAGUUUGCCAAGUUCCUGUUGUGCUGUCUGAAGUGCUGCUUCUGGUGUCUGGAGAAAUUCAUCAAGUUCCUAAACAGAAACGCCUACAUUAUGGUGGCGAUAUAUGGCAAAAACUUUUGCACCUCUGCCAGAGAUGCCUUCUUCCUCCUAAUGAGAAACAUGAUCAGGGUGGCUGUCUUGGACAAAGUGACAGAUUUCCUUUUGUUUUUGGGCAAGCUUCUGAUUGUUGGGCUCGUAGGGAUCUUUGCCUUCUUUUUCUUCUCUGGGAGAGUGAAGACCUUUGAGAAUACAGCUCCCCAUCUCAACUACUACUGGGUACCCAUCCUGACUGUGGCGCUGGGCUCCUACCUCAUUGCCCAUGGAUUCUUCAGUGUCUACGCCAUGUGCGUGGACACUCUUUUCCUCUGUUUCUGUGAAGACCUGGAACGCAAUGACGGUUCAGCCGCAAGGCCUUAUUACAUGUCCUCAACUCUUCAUGAGAUUCUGUGGAAGAACAAGGCAGAGGAUCCGCCUUCAUCUUCUGCCCUGCAACAUGACGAUGAAGACAUCCAGUUGAAACGGCAGCAGGAGGAUGAUACAGCUUAGAGAUGGGCAGUUUUAUGGUCAAAGACGAAUGUCGUCAGAUUUCACUGAGUUGCGGGCACAACAAAAUCCAUGCAACACUUUUCUAAACAGUUAUAGUUCAAGACGAUCUUAAACUUUGAUAGUAAGGAGCUGGUACAUUGUUGCCCAUUGGGAAGGACUCCUUGGCACCUAACCUGCUCAUCUCAGACUGUAGUAAAGCUACAGAACUCUAUGGCUUAAAGUAGCAGGAAUUCAGUGUUUCCAUUAUCAACAACUGAGUAGUGCAGAUUUCCUUUUACGUUAUCUGUUCUUUAACACAAGACAACAUGUGGAAACAAGAUGUUACGGCUUUGUUUUAUUAUUUGACCUUUGCUAAACCCCUCCCCCACACAGUGAUUGUCUAAUCUUCACAUGGAGCGGUGUCAAUGGGUUUGGAAGGUGUUGUCUUUUGGGUUAGCUUUCCAAAUUUUAAAGCAUUUGAAAACAUAAUGCUCGCAUGUAAUCUUUGGCAUGUUCAGCUAACUGGCUUACUAGCUACACUACUAACAGUUCCAACACAGGCCUUUCAUACUACACUUUCUUGUGGAAUUGCAGGUUACGUUGGGGGGGGGGGUCUUUGGUCAGGAGAGCACAUUGACUCUGUAGUAUGGUGUGGAAACCAGUCCAGGAUGCUUCAUCAUCAAAAUAUAGGCUAACAUAGUAACUGCUGUUUAUUGGAAUUAGGAUAGUUAACACAGCCGAACUCAUUAUUAUUCCAGGUAGCAUUAUGUUUGCCAAAUACAUUAGUUAGUCCUCAUCAGAAAAGCAUUUUUUUUUUUUUUUUUGUAACAACUGUUAAUACAAGCUUGUAUUAUUGCUAGCAAAAAAGCAUACAUCUAACUUCUGUAUUGUGUAGUUAGUUAGUAUGUAUUCUAAGCAGCCAAACAGUUAAUGGUAGGAUUUACAGUUUGAUGCUGGGGCUUGUUUGUUUUUUUGCCUGGAGUAUAUCUUUAGGAUCCCUUUUUUUCUUUUUCUUUUUUUUUUUUUAGGUUUUUUGUCUUCAAAUCAAGUAAGCUAACGUUAUCUUAGAUAAUGUCAAAUAAUCACUUUUUCAGAUGGAAAGAGUGAUAGAAAGGAGAAGUUGCUUUGUCUUAAUUUGAUCACUAUUUCACAAAUGACUUUUGAUGGUAAAUAUGCCACUAUUAUCAUAAACUGCACAUGUGCUGUGUGGGGAAAGGAAAGCUGAGCAACAGUAACGGGGGGGGUUAGCGAAUGGUCAAUUGAACAUCAAGCAUGUCUCUAGGAAUGAUCACUUUAAAAUAUUCACAGGUGUAUUGCACGUGGGUUAUUUAUGGCAUGAAUCAGAUGAUGAAAUGGUCUCUCACUGGAGUUGAUAUCAUUGAAUUAGUUAAAGUCUCUCUUUGUAACAGUCAGGUCUUUCCUCACUUUUACGGACAUUGCGGUAGAAAUGUCUGUAUUAGGGAUUUAUUUUGGUUUUUUUUCAUGUUGGGCUUAACUAAAAUUGUAUAAAUGGCUUACUCUGACGUAAACAGACUCUGUUUUAACCUUUUAAUAGUUCCUGCCAUGGGCCAGAAGAAACUUGAAGCCGUCCACGUGCCUAAUUUACCAUAUUAAUAUUGGUGUCUUUGCACCUAGACUUUAAAUUUUAAUAAGGGUACCUAAUUGUUUACAGUUUAUGCAAUCAGAACCACAGUCUUCAGUGCUACUUACUUAGUGCGCUGCACUAUCAAUGCACUUUAAUUUCUGUUCACACCAAGCCAUAACAGGUUUUUAUCUGUAUAAAUGAAGACUGAAUUUUUUUUUGUUGUUGUUGAGGCUAGCUGCUUUUGUAGUCUCUCAUGUUGACGUUUUUACUGUAAAAGCAAUGUAGUUUUGCAUUCAGUGCCUCUUUACAAAGGAACUUGUAGUUGUUAACAGUAUUUGAGGAAACAAGUCUCCACUGCAUAAAACAAAGGAAUUAAAACUCUGAAAUGGA